GCCCCCGUUCGCUUGUCCCUUGGCUACGGAUGCUAUUCUAAUGAUGGAGGUUCAUCUCUACGACUUCAUAUGGCAGCGCAUUGUCGCUGAUUUCAGUCGUGAACAGGACAUUCCAAGAUUCACGAUGCUCCUGCACCGUGUUGUGCUGUUGUGGCCCUUGAUGAUGUCAAGUGCCACCGAAGAUUCCGAGGGUCUGAGUCCAUUGGCAAAAAACAUCAUUGCGACGCUCAGCUCUUCUGGAAAUGCUGUCAUGAGGCGAGAUUUUGGUCACGAACGACCGCGAGAAGACUUGGACCUGAGACACAGGAUUCAAGAGCUCACGAGCUUCGGCCACGCGGUAGAUGCCUCUGCCGAGUCGGCCAAGUCUGUCCGGCAGCCAGAGGAAACAGAUCUGGAGGAUGAGGCCGACGCAGAUAUACUGGAAGAGGAAAGCACUUCAGCGCCAGGGUCGGACACCACCGUCGAGCCGGAGUCCACGGAGGAAGAGACGACCACAGAGGAGACGACGCUGACGCUGGAGACGACGAAGGAGACGACAGGCACUACCAGGAGCAACACAAGCGCAACAACUCCGACGACAACUCCGACGACAACUGCGGCAAAUACCACUGACACUUGGGAGCCAAGCCCCACAUCGGCCACCACUACAACGACGCUGAACACCACCACAGUUACCACUCCAACGAGCACCACUCCAACGAGCACCACUACCACGGUGACAACGACCACAACGACAGCUACAACGACCACCAUGACGACAACGAAGGCUUCCACGACAAAAUCCACCGUGCUGAGCACCACAGCUCAUCACGAGGUGCCGUUCACCAGCCAUGCACCGACGACGACGCACAGUCCGGCACACCUCGAGGCUGUGGGUGUUGGUAUCGCUGCCGCUGCUGCAGCCCGUGCAGAAGGCCUCUCUUCAGAGGAGCAGGCGACGCGCGCCGGUGAGGCAGCAGCAGCUGCUGCGGUGGCUGCAGGUUUGAGUCCAAUGGAGGUGGUAAAAGCUGCGGGCCAUGCGGCCAGCGCGGCCAUGAAGGCUUUGGGCAUGACAGCCGUUGAACAGGUACGAGCAGCCGUCCUGGCAGCAGAGGUUGCAGCCCAAAAGGUCGGGCUUUCCCCCGAACAGGAAGCCACCGCUGCAGCGGCCACAGCCCUGUGGGCUGCGAAAUCCGCUGGGCUCAGCCAUCAGGACGUGGUGCUCGUGUCCGGCAAGGUGGUGGCCUCGGUUCGCCACGACCUGCGCGAUGUCUUGGCCGCAAAGAUCAAGGAGAUCCAUGCUUCUACUCGACCUGCUUCAAAGAACUUGGACCAGGUGGUGGAAGCAGCUGCCGCAGCUGCUGCCGCUGCCGCUUCCUCGGCUGCUGCGGCAGCAGAUGCUUCGGCGCAGGUGGCGCACAACGUAGAGGCCAACAAUACACCGAACUACGAAACCGCUCCGCCCGGAGCUGAGGAGGAUGUCAAGGCAAUGCUCAAAAAGUUGUCUGAGCAAGUGCUGGAGACUUCUUCUCGGCUGGAAGAGAUUGAGAAGAUUGAGAAGCAUGAAAGAGAACUGUCUGAUGAGGCAGACAAGGCGGAUAAGGCGGAUAAGGCAGAGGCUCCAGGGAGCAACGCGACUGAGGACCUUGCUGCAAAGGUAGAGACGAAGAAAGAAGGCGCUGCACCGAGUUCUGUCAAGGUCCCUGGAUACAUGAAUGCCAACGAAGCGACCCCGUACUGGACGCAAGAGUCUGAAGCCAGCCAUGCGCUAGAGAAACCUGUUCACCCUCACAACCUACAGCAGGACGCUGUGAUGACAGCAGAAGAUGUGGCUGCUCUCAGUCCAGAGCAGGUGGCUUCGAUUCUGACCCGAGACAGGGAACUCUUGGCGGAGGUCACAGCGAAACUGUCCAGCGCCAAUCUGACGGAUUUGGUCUUCGACACGGAUGCCUCGAAGCUCCCCCGAGAUGCUCCCACAGAGAAGGCUUUGGAUGCCAUCAUGGAGAAUCCCACGAUCGCCAGAAAGGCUUUGAACCUCACCCUCUCUGUCCUGGGUCGAGGUGUGAGGAAACUCUCCUCCGGAAAAGCCUUGUCAGACGAGCUCUUUGGUUCCGACACAAGCCAUUUGAUUGCCGAGGAGGUAAAGGCAGUAUCUGCCAGCAAGUCUUCACAGUCUUCCGACGAGGCCAGGGCGACAGGUCCGACAGGCAUCAAGGGAGUCGUUGCUCCUGCCAAGGCUGAGGACGGUGGGAAAGCAACCACGUCAGAGGCUCCGACGAAGGUGUUGGGUAUGGAACUGCCCAGCAUCGGUUUGCCCAGCCUCAGCAUGCCGAGCAUUCUCAACCCAAUGACCUGGUUUCGCUGA